GACAUUGUUCCAGUUUUUACUUUUUAGUGCGUAUAUCCUUGCAUUUUUUGUUUAUUAUGUUUACAUGCUCUUCCUUUCAUCAUUUUUUUUGAAGCAAUUUUGUGAGUAGAGUUUGUGAAUUUUUAAGAAAUGUUUUCAACUACUUCGUUAAUUUAAUGUGUAAAUUAUUUUCAACGAAAUGAAGUGAAUGUUGAUUGAUUGUAUUGUAACAAUAUUGUGAUAGUUAUCGCAAUAACUUCAUUCCCCCCAAAGUAUUUUCAAACGUAUUCAAAAGUACGUUAACUACCGAAGUGCAACAUGCUCGUGGAUUGAUUUCAUUUGAGUUCUUGUUUUUUAUCAUGAAUCUAUAACGCGUCGAAAUGAAGAACCAACCGUAUACUAUCAACUUAUCCAAAGUUUGCCGACUUUGCUUCGUGGAAAAGACUGAUUUAUCGCCCAUUUUUGACAACAGUAGCAUUCCUGACCUGUCCCUCAAAAUUAAACAAUGCGUUUCAAUCGAGGUAUCCAGUGGCGAUCAGUUACCAGACCGAAUAUGCAGCGAUUGCUUCGUAAAAAUCAGAAAUUGGAUUACUUUCAAAGAAAACUGUACCGAAGCCGAUACGAAUUUGAAAAAUUACGUGAAAACUACCUUUAAAGAAGAAUCAGGCGAGGCCUACGAAUCAAUAUCAGUCAAAAAUCGUUCCAAUUCCUUCGUGCAACCUGCAUUUGUUCAGAACAACACCUCUGAAGAAAAUCGAAUCAGUCCAGAUGUGAUCGAUACCAUCACCGAAGAUGUAAGUAUGGAAUCGGAUUCGACGAAUCAGUUAAUAAGCGAAGAAACACCAAAUUCGUCCGAUAAAUCGUUACUUUUCACUUGUGAAAUCUGUAAGGAAACAUUCACCAGCUCUAACGAUCUUGUUGAUCAUAAAGUGAACUGUUAUCUUGACUCGAGCAUUGAUUCCGUUAUUCCUAGUACCGCAGACGAACCAGAAGUUACAUCUAAUGAAUCUGAAUCCGAUUACACUCGCGAAUCGGUAGAUAACGAAGUUCAAUCAUAUUUUCAGUCGUCUCCUCGUAUUCGUGAGACUGACGAUAGUCCUAUGGAUGUUAGUCGUGCUAGUCCCAAUUUCGUUAACGUUCCUGAUGAUAAUGUAAUGGUCUCGAAGGUCGAGGCUGAUGUCGCUAGAGAACCAAAAAUAAUAAAGAAUGAUAAUGAAUUCGAUCGAUUGUCAGCUCUUCGUGUUCGUGAAAAUUCAAAUACGCCGAGCAGACUUCUCAUUCGCACUGAUAUCCAUCGCGAAGACGUUCCUCGCGAUCUUCUCACAAAUCAUAAUUUAAUCGUUCCUGAGAGCGCAGCUGACUUUGUUGAAAACCCAGAAGUAAUUUCGCACCAGUACGAUCCUAAUCAAAUGAAUAAAUCAGAGAACGAGUACGCUGAUUCGUUUCAUCGAUCGUCACUUCCUAUCUGCAAGAUUGAAGUACUAGAUUCCACUCCUUCUGACGGUUUUGUAGAUUCGAAGAACGCGGUCUUUAUAAAUGGCAUCAAACCUGAUCGGUCGAACGAAUUAUUUCACGAAGAAGUGAGUUCACUCGAUCAACUACCAUGUCAAACUUACAACGGUAACGAAAUAUCAAAUUACUCGCCUCAUACGAUGAACAGCGAAUAUCCUUUGAAGAAUGAAGUAGUUACCGCCGAAGAUUUCAGUCAAAUAGUUAGGAACACUGUAAACGAAUUUGUUGACGUGACUGAACAUAAAUUGAAUGAUUUUUACGAUAAAUCCUCUCGUAAUCGUCGAAGUAACGUACGCGCUGCGAAAAAACCUCGUUCGACUCGUUCGAACAAAGUUCCCUAUGAGACCGAAUACGUUGAUCUAGAUUCGUAUCAAUCUCACUUCCUGGAUGAAGAUCGCCAAAACAUUCGUAAACCGAAAAGACGUUCUUGGCGAAAGCCAUUUUACUGCGAUAAAUGCGGUAAGAAUUUCUCCACUGAAAGAGGUUUGCUCCUUCAUAACCGAAAACUUCCCUUUUGCGAGAAUUCAGUGCAGUUCAAAUGCAAAAAAUGCGAAUAUAGCACCCAUGAUAGCCAUAAUUUAAAGUACCAUUUGAAAACAACGCAUUUAGAAGGUACAUUUUGUUGCGAAACUUGCGGCAAAUCAUUCGGUAAUGCAAUCGCUUUACUAGGUCAUCGCAGAAGGGUUCAUUUAAGAGCGAACUCGAGCUGGAAAGGCAACUUUAUCUGCAGUUAUUGCAAGAAGAUCUUCUUGUACAAAAACACCUUACAGGCGCAUAUGCGUAACCACUACAUCUAUCAAUGUAUCCAAUGCGAUAAAAAAUUCAUCGACGAAAAAGCUUUACGGUUACACGAAAGAUUCCACACAUCGAGCAGUAUUUUGAAAUGCGAACUAUGCGAUUUUACUACGCAAAGUCGCAUGCUCAUCAACGAUCAUAUGUUGAACGUACACGGCACAGUAGGAUCUAUUCGUUGCAAGCAAUGUGGCGAAUCGUUCAAGACUAAAGUAGCUCGGGAUCAACACUGUAAAUCAGUUCACUCGGGUAUCUGUUGCGAGCAAUGUGGCGAAUCGUUCAAGAAUAAAUCAGCUCGAGAUGAACACGUUAUAUCGGCUCACUUAAUGAAUAAAAUGAAGCGCACUGGUGACAAAUCUGAACCGUUGAUGAUUAAAAAAGUGUGCACUCGUGACAAAUCUGAACCGUUCAUUUGUGAUUACUGUAAAAAAUCUUACAUCACAAAAGCGCAGCUUCGGAGUCAUAUCGAGUGGAAACACAUGAUAGAGGAAUGCGUCUGCAAAAUAUGCGAGAAACGAUUUAGAAGCAAUCCAAGUUUGAAACAACACCAUAGACUUCAUCAUUUAAAUAAUGAAUCAUUCAUGUGCGAAAUAUGCAAUCAUAAAUGUAACUCCUAUUAUCAUCUACAGCAGCAUUUUGAAGUGCACAGUGGCGAAAGGCAAUAUGUUUGCCCUGCCUGUAAAAUGCGCUUCACCAAUAAAAGGAGUUUAGAGGAGCACGAAAUUACUCACGAAAACGAUGGUCAGUUCUUUUGCCUCGGAUGUCAGAAAUACUUCACAUCUAGAAAAAUCUUACAGGAGCAUAUUAAAAUCCAUAUUGGUCAAUCCGCCGAUGGAACAUCAAAACUCUACGUUUGUGUAGAUUGCGGGAAAACGUACGAUAGUUACUUUAAAUUAACUUCGCAUCGAAAGAUGCAUCCCGGCGAGUUAAAUUGCAGCCAUUGCCAGAAACAAUGUACCUCGAGGAAAAGCCUGAAAUGUCAUCUCGAAUCUCACGAAUCAAAAGAAUCUUUUCCUUGCGAGAUUUGCAACGAAUUGUGCGUUGGAAAACGUGCUCUGAAAGUUCACCUCAAGACCCACAAAAGUGUAGAUAUUCAAUCGAAAGAACUGUUCGCGUGCGAAAUUUGCGAUUUCAAAUGUUCUCUUCGUGAUGAUCUACAUGAUCAUCUAAGAACGCACGUAGUCGAACAACCUUCAGUUCUCCUCAUUCGCAAUGAAACCGUCACGCUUGAGAAUAAUUCAGAGAAUAACGCAGGUACUCGCUCUUUUAAUGGAAAAUCAAAGAGCCACACAAACGCGCCGAAAAAAUCGCUUCCCUGUGAGAUUCGCAACGAAGAGCCCGCCUCGCAGGAUCACGACAGAAUCCACACAGAAGUUGACAUUGCUCCUAAAGAACUAUACACGUGCGAAAUUUGCGACAUUAGUUACGAGAAUGCGGCUAGAUUAGAAGAUCAUUUUGGAAUUCACACCGGUGAGAAUAAUUGCAAGAUUUGCUUCCAAACGUUCGACCAGAAAAGUGCCUUGCAAAAUCAUCUCAGAAUCCACAAAGAGAUUGAAAAUGCUACGAAAAAACUAUUCACGUGCGAAAUUUGCGAUCAGAGUUGCGAAAAUGCUGCUGACUUGAAUGAUCAUUUCAAAAUUCACACUGGCGAGAAACAGCGAUACACUUGUAAUAUAUGUUUUAAAAAUUUCUCCUCGUUGGAUUUUUUGUUGUUCCAUAAACGUUCCCACUCACCUGAAUUUAUUCCUGCUAAUUCGAAACCUAUUGAUACUAUAGUUAUAGAUUAGUUCUAAGAUCAUCUACGAAUGUAUGGCCUUUUAUCAUUUUUUUUUUACGUAUGUAUGUUCUUGACUGAUUUUUUUUUUUUUGUUACUUACCUAUGCAUUUAGAAUGAAGUCUACUAGUUUUUUAUGUUUUUGCUUUGAGUUUUAAUCGUAGCUCCAGAAGCAUCUUUAUUUUGUUUUAUGUAAAGUGAGCUAGUCUCCGUUAAUGGUAAAUUAAUAAACGAAUAAUUUUCUAAACAAAUUUCAUCAUGUCAACAAUCAAAAAUUGAAUUUAUUUUUCAAAUUUUAAUCUAUAGUUCGAGAAGUUAAAUUAUUUAAGUUAUUAUCUUAUUGUUUCUGAUAUGUAAAGUGGGUAUGUAUUAGAUUUUAAUUUUGUUGCUCGGAAAUAAUUUUUUGUUAUUUGUUGAAGAAAAUAGUCCGAGGCUUUCAAAACGACUGGUUGAUUUUAAAAUCGUUUCAGACGAGUUUUCAUUUCUGUGGUGUAUUUUAUACCUAUCUUAUAGGAGUUUUUUUUUAUAAUUUUACUUUAAAAUGUUUGUUUUUGUAAGUGAUUGUUUUUAUGUGAUUGAUUGGUUUUUUUUUGUACGAAGCAUUGUGAAAAUUUGUUCGCAUUUUGACUGUCUAAAAAAACUAUAAGUAAAUUCAUUUUUAUUAUA